UAUCUUGACGAGGUUUACUUGAUUUUUGUUUUGACGUUGAAGUGGUCGUUUUUAGUCAUUUUGUCCUUGAUAUCUCAAGAAGAGAAUUGGAAUUCUUAAAAUUAAUUUAACUUUAUUUGCUAUUUUACAUUGCUUUGUGUUAUUUUCUUACUUCGUUAAACAAUGGUUGAUCCAAACCGAAAAAUCAACCGAUUAACUGAAAGAGAUAUCGAGUUCUUAGAUGAAUGCGAAGAAAAAUUCGCCAAUCGGUUCACUGAGGAAGACGAAGAAUUUGUAAACCAUUGUAAUAAUCACAAAAAUGUAAUACCUCCAAUUUUAGAAAAUUGGGGCAACAAUAAUAAUGGACCUGGUUAUUUUAAUCGAGGCGGUGGAGGGAAUGGAAGGAGACCAAGUCACCAAAGGCGCUAUAAUAAUAGAUACCACAACUCCCCAUAUCAAGGAGAUAGAAGACGCAACUAUGAAAGAAAUGGAAGAAAUACAACACCUGCCGAAGUUCGACUUAUACCACGAGAUUAUAGUAAUUUUGUUCCAGCGUCAAAAAAAUAAAUCAAGAAUAAAAUAUCACAAACUUAUACACACAACCGCGGCCCUAUGCUCCUCCUAGGAGUUAAAGGAUUAAAUAUAUAUAUAUGGUAUAUAAACACACAACCGAUAUUACUAAUUUUUACAUCGGUUAUUAGAUUGAUUUUUAAUCUUUUCAGUAUCUAGAAGUAAUAAAAAGGGUGUUAUGAAUAAAACUUUA